AUGGAGAUUGAUUCAACAAAUCAACAAAAUCUUAGUGUUUUCACCAAGUGGUGGAACAAGCUUAAGGAUUUUCCAAGAAAAUUUCAAAUAAAAAUUGGAAAAAUUGCUAAGAACACAAAGCAAAUUGGCAAAGAUGAUCCAAGAAAAAUUUGGCAUGCCUUUAAAGUGGGACUAGCUCUCACUUUAGUUUCAUUGUUCUAUUAUACUGAACCACUGUUUCAUAACUUCGAUCAACCAGUAAUGUGGGCUAUCCUCACUGUGGUGGUUACUUUUGAAUUCACCGCUGGUGCAACCAUAUCAAAGAGCAUAAAUAGAGGAAUUGGUACAGCACUAGCUGGUGCAUUUGGUCUUGGAGCUAAAUAUUUAGCUGAAUUAAUUGGGAGAGAAGGGCCAAAUCCUAUAAUUCUUGGGGUUUUGGUCUUUAUUGUAGGUGCUUUAGGUACAUUUACAAGAUUUUACCCUCAUAUUAAGAGGAGGUAUGACUAUGGAACCAUGAUAUUUGUCUUGACCUUCUGUUUGGUUGCGGUCUCUGGUUAUCGAUCAGAAAAUAUUUUUCAAUUGGCUCAUCGAAGGAUAUCCACUAUUCUUAUUGGUGUCUUCACUGUCAUGAUCAUCUCCAUGAUUAUUCGUCCAGUGUGGGCCGGAGAAGAUCUUCAUAAGCUUGCUAGUACCAAUCUUGAAAAGCUAGCAAGCUAUCUAGAAGGGUUUGGAAGUGAAUAUUUUCACAUUUCUGAGAAUAAAAGUGUUGAAGGUAACAACAAUAAUGAAAAGGGAUUUCAUGAAGCUUUUUUAAGUAUUCUUGGUUCUAAGGCCACUGAGGAAUCUUUGGCAAACUUAGCAUGGUGGGAACCCCCUCAUGGAGGUUUCAAGUUUAAUCAUCCAUGGAAACAAUACUUGAAGAUUGGUAGUCUUGUUAGAAAAUGUGCUUGCCAUCUUCUAGCUCUUAGUAACCACAUAGACUCGAAAUCUCAGGCACCAAAUGAAUUUGAGAGGAGGACAGAAGAAGCAUGCAAAAAAAUGAUUAUGGAAUCUAAAAAUGCAUUAAAAGAACUUGCAUUGUCCAUUAAAACUAUGGCACAACCAAUUUCUUCGAUACGUAACACAAAAAAUGUCAUUGAUGACCUAAAACUCACACUAGGCACCUCAAAAACCCUUUUUCGAUACGAUGAAUCGCGCGUCAUGGACUUUGUUCCCACCGCGUCCGUCGUGUCCUCACUCAUCUCCGUCACUAAAUGUGUCGACGAGAUCUCUGAGGCUAUCGAGGAGCUUUCGAGCAAAGCACGUUUCGAGAAGAAGAGUCCAUCGCCGGCAACAACAUCCCGACCGCAUCGGACGCAGAUAUUGCACCGUGGGAACGUGAAUCCUAUUGUGGAGGAUGACGUGGAUGGUGGUGAUUUUGUUACGAUCGAGAUAGGUGACAAUGUAGAAUCAAAGGGGAAAGUUGUAGUAGAGGAGGUGAAUCCUAUUGUGGAGGAUGACGUGGAUGGUGGUGAUUUUGUUACGAUCGAGAUAGGUGACAAUGUAGAAUCAAAGGGGAAAGUGGUAGUAGAGGAGGUGAAUCAAGUGAGUAAUCAAAUAAAUGCAACAAAAGAGGAAUCUUUUGUUAUUUGGAUAUGUGGAAGCACCGCAAUGGCAAUAGUGGAAGAGAUGAAAACGCCAAAAAAUAUAAGAGAUUUUAUGGACUUAGUUGAUAUAAAGCUUUAUAAUAGCACUCAAUUUUUCGAAUCAACUGAAGGAGUACUAACAAUCCUAGAGGGGGUGAAUCAAGUGAGUAAUCCACUAGCUGUGACAGAAGGAGAACCUGUUGUUAUUGGGAUACGUGGAAACCCGAUAACAACAAAAGUGGAAGAGAUGGAAAUGACUAAGAAGAAAGUAGAAUUAACAGACUUGGCAGAUAUAAAGUUUAAUAAUAGCAUUUAA